AGGAGCAGGCAGGGAGGGAGGGGAUGCAGGCGGGAGGAUAAAGCGAUGAAGUGUGCUGCGUUGCCGCGCAUCAGGCGCUGUUGUUGGAACUGCUACACCGUGCGCCUCUGACCGAGACGGCCCUCUCCUCUUGCACACACUCACCGAGUCGCGCGCGUCGCUCCGCGUUGGCGGUGGCGGUGACAGCCGCUCUUUCUGAGCAGCCAGCAGCCAGAGCGCGGCGAUAGCUAGCGGUCGCCCGGAUCCCCCAAAGCAGGUCCCUGGUGUUUGGCGCCUAUGCAGGGCACGUGCGCCCCCCCGCUCUAACCUGCACCCUGACGGGAGCAUGAUCUGUGCCCAGUCCGGGACUGCCAAGGAAUUGAUGCGCGUACACGUGGUGGGUCAUUAUGCUGCUGCACCUGUGUAGUGUGAAGAAUCUGUACCAGAACAGGUUUUUAGGCCUGGCUGCCAUGGCGUCUCCAUCUCGAAACUCCCAGAGCCGACGCCGGUGCAAGGAACCACUCCGCUACAGCUACAACCCUGACCAGUUCCACAACAUGGAUAUCAGGAAUGGCCCCCACGAUGGUGUGACCAUCCCCCGCUCCACCAGUGACACUGACCUGGUCACCUCAGACAGCCGUUCCACACUCAUGGUCAGCAGCUCCUACUACUCCAUUGGGCACUCACAGGACCUGGUAAUCCACUGGGACAUUAAGGAGGAAGUAGAUGCUGGAGACUGGAUUGGCAUGUACCUCAUCGAUGAAGUCUUGUCUGAAAAUUUUCUGGACUAUAAGAACCGUGGAGUCAAUGGCUCUCAUCGUGGCCAGAUCAUCUGGAAGAUUGAUGCCAGCUCUUACUUUGUGGAACCUGAAACCAAGAUCUGUUUCAAAUACUACCACGGAGUGAGUGGAGCCCUGAGAGCCACCACCCCCAGUGUCACGGUCAAAAACUCAGCAGCUCCUAUUUUUAAAAGCAUUGGCUCUGAUGAGACCGUCCAAGGGCAAGGAAGUCGGAGGCUGAUCAGCUUUUCUCUCUCGGAUUUCCAGGCUAUGGGGUUGAAGAAAGGGAUGUUUUUCAACCCAGAUCCUUAUCUGAAGAUUUCUAUUCAGCCUGGGAAGCACAGCAUCUUCCCUGCCCUCCCUCACCAUGGACAGGAGAGGAGAUCCAAGAUCAUAGGCAAUACAGUGAACCCUAUCUGGCAGGCCGAGCAAUUCAGUUUUGUGUCCUUGCCCACUGACGUGCUGGAAAUCGAGGUGAAAGAUAAGUUCGCCAAGAGCCGCCCCAUCAUCAAGCGCUUCUUAGGAAAGUUGUCGAUGCCUGUCCAGAGACUCCUGGAGAGACACGCCAUAGGGGAUAGAGUGGUCAGCUACACACUUGGCCGCAGGCUUCCAACAGAUCAUGUGAGUGGACAGCUGCAAUUCCGAUUUGAGAUCACUUCCUCCAUCCACCCAGAUGAUGAGGAGAUUUCCAUGAGUACUGAGCCUGAGUCAGCAGAAAUUCAAGACAGCCUCAUGAACAACCUGGUCGAAAGCGGCUGCGCAGAGCCUCCAAAUGAUGCUCCAGAACCCUGCGAGAACUUGAGACCAGAGUCAACCAACGAGGGCACUGCAGUAGAUAGUUCAGGACACCAGAGUCUGGAGCAUGACAGGCCGCUUGAGGAAGGGGCAGGCGCCACUGAGGCAGGAGUUGAUGGCAGGAUCUCCGAGGGACCUGAAGGAGUUGGGGAUCUUCUGACCCCGGGACAACAGGGCACCCAGCCUGCCCUGAGUGCAGAAGAACUGGCAGAGAGACUCGACCUGGAUGAAGUGGCACCAUCAUCGCUGCUUCUGGAAGAUGGUGAAGCUUCAGCCAGCAAGAAUGAAUCCGUGGAGGAGGAGGCAACGACAGAGAGCAGGGUCAGAGGGGAGGAGGAAGAGAAAGGCCAGGGUGAAGAGGAUGAGGAGGGGGGUGUGCCUACCCUGGAGCAGGGAGAGAGCAGACUGCAGCUGCGAGCCUCAGUGAAGAGAAAAAGCAGGCCAUGCUCCCUGCCUGUUUCAGAGCUGGAGACGGUGAUCGCGUCGGCCUGCGGGGACCCCGAGACCCCGCGGACACACUACAUUCGCAUCCAUACCCUGCUACACAGCAUGCCGUCGGCCCAGAGCGGGAACGCAGCAGAGGAGGAGGAUGGCGCCGAGGAGGAGUCAACCCUCAAGGAUUCCUCGGAGAAGGAUGGGUUCAGCGAGGUGGACACGGUAGCGGCCGAUCCACCGGCUCUGGAAGAGGAUGGUGAAGAGUUCGAGGGUGCCACUCCAGGCAUGGCGCCCCCUGGCCACCUCGGGGGCCACUUCCGCAGUUUGACCAACGGCGCGGGUCCAGAUGGCGACACGCACCCCAGCACUGGGAGUGAGAGCGACUCUAGCCCCAGGCAAGGUGGGGACCACAGUUGCGAGGGCUGUGACGCGUCGUGCUGCAGCCCCUCCUGCUACAGCUCCUCGUGCUACAGCACCUCCUGCUACAGCAGCUCCUGCUACAGCGCCUCCUGCUACAGCCCCUCCUGCUACAACGGCAACAACCGGUUCGCCAGCCACACGCGCUUCUCCUCGGUGGACAGCGCCAAGAUCUCCGAGAGCACAGUCUUCUCGUCUCAAGACGACGAGGAAGAGGAGAACAGCGCGUUCGAGUCAGUGCCUGACUCUGUACAGAGCCCAGAGCUGGAUCCGGAGUCGACGAAUGGUGCUGGGCCUUGGCAGGACGAACUGGCCGCCCCUGGUGGGAACGUGACAAGAACCGCUGAAGGUCUGGAGUCCCCCAUGGCAGGUCCAAGCAAUCGGAGAGAAGGUGAAUGUCCUAUACUACAUAAUUCUCAGCCAGUAAACCAGCUUCCUUCCUUGAGGCCUGAACAUCAUCACUACCCAACAAUCGAUGAGCCUCUUCCGCCAAACUGGGAAGCUCGAAUUGACAGCCAUGGGCGGGUCUUUUAUGUGGACCAUGUGAACCGCACAACCACCUGGCAGCGUCCAACGGCAGCAGCCACCCCAGACGGGAUGCGGAGAUCGGGGUCCAUCCAGCAGAUGGAGCAGCUCAACAGGCGGUAUCAAAACAUUCAGCGAACCAUUGCAACAGAAAGACCUGAAGAAGAUUCUGGCAGCCAAAGCUGUGAGCAAGUCCCAACUGGAGGAGGUGGAGGUGGAGGGAGCGACUCAGAGGCUGAAUCUUCCCAGUCAAGCUUAGAUCUGAGGAGAGACGGGUCACUUUCUCCAGUUAACUCACAAAAAAUCACCUUGCUGCUGCAGUCCCCAGCGGUCAAGUUCAUCACCAACCCAGAAUUCUUCACCGUGCUGCAUGCCAAUUAUAGUGCCUACCGAGUCUUCACCAGUAGCACCUGCUUAAAGCACAUGAUUCUGAAAGUCCGACGAGACGCUCGCAAUUUUGAACGCUACCAGCACAACCGGGACUUGGUGAAUUUCAUCAACAUGUUCGCAGACACUCGGCUGGAACUGCCCCGGGGCUGGGAGAUCAAAACAGACCAGCAGGGGAAGUCUUUUUUUGUGGACCACAACAGUCGAGCUACCACUUUCAUUGACCCCCGAAUCCCUCUUCAGAACGGUCGUCUUCCCAAUCAUCUGACUCAUCGACAGCACCUCCAGAGGCUCCGAAGUUACAGCGCUGGAGAGGCCUCAGAAGUCUCCAGAAACAGAGGCGCCUCCUUACUGGCCAGGCCAGGACACAGUCUAGUUGCUGCUAUUCGAAGCCAACACCAACAUGAGUCAUUGCCACUGGCAUAUAAUGACAAGAUUGUGGCAUUUCUUCGCCAGCCAAACAUUUUUGAAAUGCUACAAGAGCGUCAGCCAAGCUUGGCAAGAAAUCACUCACUCAGGGAGAAAAUCCAUUAUAUUCGGACCGAGGGUAAUCAUGGGCUUGAGAAGUUGUCCUGUGAUGCAGAUCUAGUUAUUUUGCUGAGCCUCUUUGAAGAAGAGAUUAUGUCCUAUGUCCCCCUGCAGGCUGCCUUCCACCCCGGGUAUAGCUUUUCUCCCCGCUGUUCACCCUGUUCCUCACCUCAGAACUCUCCAGGUUUACAGAGAGCCAGUGCAAGAGCCCCUUCACCGUACCGGAGAGACUUUGAGGCCAAGCUCCGCAAUUUCUACCGGAAACUAGAAGCCAAAGGAUUUGGUCAGGGUCCAGGGAAGAUUAAGCUCAUUAUUCGUCGGGACCACUUGUUGGAGGGAACCUUCAAUCAAGUGAUGGCCUAUUCCCGGAAGGAGCUCCAGAGAAACAAGCUCUAUGUCACCUUUGUUGGAGAGGAGGGGCUGGACUACAGUGGUCCUUCUCGAGAGUUCUUCUUCCUUUUGUCUCAGGAGCUCUUCAACCCUUACUACGGACUCUUUGAGUACUCUGCAAAUGAUACUUACACGGUGCAGAUCAGCCCCAUGUCUGCGUUUGUAGAAAACCACCUUGAAUGGUUCAGGUUUAGUGGUCGAAUCCUAGGCCUGGCUCUGAUCCAUCAGUACCUUCUGGAUGCUUUCUUCACGAGGCCAUUCUAUAAGGCACUCCUGAGGCUACCCUGUGAUUUGAGUGACCUGGAAUAUUUGGAUGAGGAAUUCCACCAGAGUUUGCAGUGGAUGAAGGACAACAACAUCACAGAUAUCCUCGACCUCACUUUCACUGUUAACGAAGAGGUUUUUGGACAGGUAACAGAAAGAGAGUUGAAGUCUGGAGGAGCCAACACCCAGGUGACUGAGAAGAACAAGAAGGAGUACAUCGAGAGGAUGGUGAAGUGGAGGGUGGAGCGCGGCGUGGUGCAGCAGACUGAGGCGCUGGUGCGGGGCUUCUAUGAGGUUGUAGACUCAAGGCUCGUCUCCGUGUUUGAUGCCAGGGAGCUGGAGCUGGUGAUAGCUGGUACUGCAGAGAUCGACCUGAAUGAUUGGCGCAAUAACACUGAGUAUCGGGGAGGUUACCAUGAUGGGCAUCUUGUGAUCCGCUGGUUCUGGGCCGCAGUGGAGCGCUUCAAUAAUGAGCAGAGAUUAAGAUUACUUCAGUUUGUCACGGGAACAUCAAGCGUGCCCUACGAAGGCUUCGCGGCCCUUCGAGGAAGCAAUGGGCUUCGGCGUUUCUGCAUAGAGAAAUGGGGGAAAAUUACUUCUCUUCCCAGGGCACACACGUGCUUCAACCGAUUGGAUCUUCCACCAUAUCCCUCAUACUCUAUGUUGUACGAAAAGCUUUUAACAGCAGUGGAAGAAACCAGCACCUUUGGACUUGAGUGAGGAAAUGGAACCUCGCCUGACAUUUUCCUGGCCAGUGACAUCACCCAUUCUGGGAUGACCCCCUUUCCGUUUCCCUUGAUCAACUCUCCUUUGAUUUUGGUAUUCCAUGAUUUUUAUUUUCAAACCAAAUCAGGAUUGACAAAAGCUGUGCAUGAAGAACUGCCUUCUUCUAAGAUCUAACCUUCAGGCUUAUCUCCUCUGUUUUCAAUGAACUGCUAGCCUGUAUGCAAUAUUAAAAACAGCUGUCUCAAGGUCUGUGUAUAUCUCCACAUACCUCCAUUACUAACAAUGAAAUACAAAUGCAAGUUACGCUACACUUGACCAAAUGGUAAUAAAUGUUUACUUCCAUUUCUAUCAUUUGAGAGAAAAUUUGAGCAUUAAGCAUUCCAAGCUUUUAUACGCCCAUGUCUUCUAAGCAGAACCACCAUUUUUUUUAUCAUUUCUAACAACCAACUCCAGACUUAGGAGUUGAUCGAUUCUUUGUUUUCCUCCCAUUCUACUUUCCUCUGUGCAUACUAUCUAUUCAAAGGACAGCAGUGGCAAAAUUGAAAUUUUUAUACAUUCAUGAUUUAUAGGUGGCAUCAGUCCCAUCAGCUGGAACUAGCCUAGCCAUAUGGUGCAAAUACGUCACUUCCAACAAUUAACCACAGUGAGGAAAGCGUCUCCUGCUGAUGAGAUGCGGUGCAUCCCAAGGGUUGUGGGGAUUGUGGGCCCAACUUGGGUUCAGAGAAGUCUAGGAGGGGGAGCACCCUUGGUGAACACUUGCCACAUAAGAAGCAUAAACCUGUGCACAUGUCUAAGAAGGAAAUUUUGAUUGAUGUAGCCUGAAGGAGGAGGCUCAACCCCUAUUGUGUUGCUUUGAAUGUGGUAAAGCAAGCAGAAGAAAGGAAAGGAAUUGAAUAUGAGUUCUGCACUGUUUUUUUCAGUCUAGCCACCAUUCUCCUUCACAAAAGAAAAAAAUGUAUACAGAAUCUUGUGACUUUUGUUAAAGCCAGGUUAACUUACUUUUUUUUUUUUUAACUUUGGUAUUGAUUUUUUUUCAUACUUUUUUCUUCUCUUUUUUAAAUUAUUGUGAUCAAGUUCCUUCACAUCUGAUUGUCCCCAGGGACAACAAGAAAUAAGAAGCUGCAGAGAGUGAUGGUGCUUGUUAGGGAUCAAGGGCAAUAUGUACUUCUCCUUCAUCCAUAGCAAUCCUCCGAAGGCACGUUGAUUUGUGUCAAAAUAAAUAUCCAGUUUCUUUUAGCCUUCAAUAAAAAGAUAUCUCAGAAAAUUUUGUGUUUUCAGAAAAGCAGUUGCAGGCUCCAAAGACAGCCUAACCUCUUGAUUACAUUUGAGAUAAACCCAAUCAUAAUGGUCAUUUGCUAUUUUUGUAACCUUGUUAUCCAUGUUGUCUGAAAUAUAUCAUAAAUGAAAGUGUUUUUCUUCACUGGGAAAAGAAGAGCUAAAGAGACCCAACUAUUUAAAUGUCACAUUGUUUUCAGUGUAUUAAAACAAGGGAGAAAUGUAAGACAAAGGUGAUUUCAAAUCAAGCUCUGCCUUAUGGCUCAUUAUACUGUGUCUGGGAAGUUCAUUAUUUGUGUUCCCUGCAUUCUAAAAUAAAACAUUUUCUUAGUAGAAAUUAUUUACAAUGUCCAGCACCCCUUCCUGCUGUGUAUCUAUUGUCAAUCAGUAGUAUAUUAUAUAAAUUUAUCCUUCCUUAUGGUCUAAAAAGAAUAUUUUCCAAGAUGAGUUGGAAUGUGUAAGUUAUAUGAUAUAGAAUUUGAAAGAUAUGUAAAACUCAGUUUGUAUUUCAGUAUCUGAAAAGUAAUGGAUUCCAGUGGAGCUGUUACUUAUUUAUGAAAUCAAAACAUAAGAAUUGCCAGAUGCUCGUGUCUAUAAUCCCAGCAACUCAGAAGGUCGAGGCAGGAGGAUCACAAGUUCAAAGCCAGCCUCAGCAACUUAGCAAGGCCCUAAGCAACUCAGCAAGACCCUGUCUCCAAUAAAAUAUAAAAAAGGGCUGGGGAUAUGGUUUAGUGGUUAAUUGCCCCUGGGUUCAAUCACUGGUACCAAAAAAAAACCUAUAAUGAUUAUACAAAUCAUUAUACAAAUAUUUUAGUCUAACAGUUUGAAAAGCAACUAUAAUACAGGGGCAGCUUUCAUCUUCAAAAUUUGGUGUUAUACAUAUGUAAAUAUUUAUUAAUUCAAGCAUUCAACUCUGGUUUUUUAGUACUAUAUUAUUUGUUGGAAAGAAAGUUGAAAGAAAAAGAUGAAGCCUGCUCUUAGAGAGUUCUACAUUUCACCUACAUUAUCUUCUUAAUCUAUUAAUUAGAUUCAUUAAUAUUUAUUCUACCCAUAUGUAGAAGGAAAAAGUUAUCUUAGAAAUUAUAUACAGAUGGGUAACCUGGUGUAGAUGGUUCUUUAAUUAACAUUCUUAUCUGCCACCUCUGCUGCCAAUGCCUUGGCUCUAGAUGUAUUCCACCAAGCCUAACAGAAACAAUAUUUCAUAAAUGUACAAAAUGCCAUAAAGAGAUAGUGAUGUCAGUGUCACCUGAGAAAAUGUAAAGUUGCCUAAUGGGGCCCUAGCAUUCCAUUACAGCCUUGUGUAGAGGAAGGACAUCAGAGUAAAGAUGAACUCAGAAACCAGUCAUGGAAAGAUUUUUUCUAGCUCAUGCACGAUGCUGAUUUAGCAAUUAUGUCUAAUUUCACCACAAAUACCUACAGAACUGAAUUUUGCUAUUAAUUUCACCAGGUAGAGAUGUGAACCACCUUGAAUUAUAUAAUUCAAUGGGUAGGGCAGAUCUGUUUUUUACCACAUGUAAUUGUUUUUUCUAGCUUUAAAGCAUGAGUUUUCUCCAUGGAAGCAAAUUGCAGAAUUGGUUGCUUACAAGUCAGAAGCCUCCUAAAACAAGACAUUUUAGAUCUAGUUUUAGUAAGGGUAUAAUACAUUUUAUUGGGAGAGAAACAAGAACAAUAAAUCAGAGAAAAUUUAUGUUACAAUUUUGAAAAAUACUUUUAAAUUAUUUAAGAGAUUAUAAUAAUAAUUUCAUGGAUACUACAAAUUUUUAAAAUGACAAUUUCUUUUUUUUUUUAG